CGUAAUAAUACACCAGUGCAUAACGCGUGAACCGACAAUGACGAUUUGUUUUGUGUUUGGGUGUAAUCACCAGGGAUUACGGCGAACAUGCAAGAUGUUUAGAUUCCCAUCCAGUGCCGGGUUGUCAACGAAAUGGGAAAAACUAUGCAGACGUAAGGACAGAGCCGUAGUGUUGCAGAGUGACAGGAUCUGCAGCUGUCAUUUUGUGGAUGGGGACAAGAAUAAUGGCCCAACCAUUUUCCCAUGGAGUUGUGGGAAACUGUUUGAUUUUCCUGAUCCAACCAAAAUAAAUAGAACUGAGAGAAAAGAAAAUCAAAAGAUGGCUGUUUCCAGCACAUCCACAUCUGCAUUAUCAGCCAUGCAUUGUGCAUCAUCUAUGGAUUCAACAUCUGCACACAUAAAUCUGGAUCACAGUUACCAGACUUCCUAUCAUCAUUUAAAGGAAGAGAAUCAGAACCUGAGGCGCGAGGUUGAGGAAUUAAGAAUACAAAUCAGAAUGAUGUCCAUGAAGCUAGCGUUCAGAAUUGGCGAUAUCAUAGAUGACGAGAGAAAGGUACAUUUCAGAUAUCAUGAGUAG